AUGGCAUCCAUAGUGCGCGCCUUUGCACUUCUCGCGUAUGGUUUCGCAACUAUAGCCACCGCAUUCGGAGAUCCGUUGCCAGACAUGGUCGAAAUAGAUGCCCGUGGCAUGUCCGACAACACCACAAUUGAUCCCUGCACGUUGGCCGACUCUCCCAACGUCAACGCCAGCAUACAACUUUCCAGCUGGCUGGAAUGUCAGCUCAAUGGUUUCUACCCAUUUCCAGACAACGGCGACUGGCCAAAGGUGCAUGCCCAGACCUUCUCCAAGGAUGUCCUCUUCACGUUCAACGACACACGCUAUGACUUCGAGGGCUCACUGCGAUUCUACCACAAUGCCAAUGCCUCGCUUGCCAGGAGUUUUGCACCCUUCAGGCACGGCUUUAUCAACACCAUGGCUGUGCCCAACGCGAAUGGCGACAGAGGUGGCUUUGUUUACAUGAUUGGUUGGGCUGGUGGCUUCCACAAGCUUUUACAGCGGGAUCUAUACUUCACUAAUGCGGCGUUCGGUGUGAUAAAGGAAGAGGAGGGUCACCGGAAGAUUGUCGAGUUUAGAGAGGCGAGUAAUAUUCCAGCUACCACACCGUCACCCGAAUCGGUCGAGUGGAGUUGCGGCUUCACCUAG